AUGGGCUCGAUUGGCUGGUCGUGGGAGCAACAUCGUUUUUUAAUGUAUCAAUGUCUUUCACUUCCAUUUGCUUUCUUAUUUUAUUUUCUUGCAAAACGGGGGCAUCUAUCCUUGACAUACAGGUACCUGUUUGUUUCUGCUGGAGGUAGUGUCCUGGCAGUCUUCACGAUGGGCAUCUACAGCACCCUCCUGUUCACCUCCACACUUGCCUUUGUUCUACUCGUGUGCUGUGUGGAUAACAGCUGUAUCCACACCUGGGCAUUUGUUAUGCAGAUGUUGUGGCAAACCUUCUGGCACCUACUUAUACAGUACAGGGAAUACUACCUGCACGAACCAGUCAGCAUCAGACUGUUCUUGGCAGUGUCCACUUUGAUGCUGCUCACCCAGAGAAUCACCUCUGUGUCUUUGGACCUUCAGGAGAAACAAGUCGUACUGACACCAUCCAAAAGGCAGACUUGUGUCACGCUUCUCCCUCUUAUCAGCUACAUCCUCAAUUUUACCACACUGCUUGGUGGUCCUUUGGGUUCCUAUGGACAAUUCAUUACUCUAAUGGAGGGGAUCAACCUCACCUCACCACCCAGUCCUCCUGGUGUAGUUUUCCUAAAGCUGAUGCAAGUGUUAAUGCUAGAGUGGGUUAGAUUUUAUCUUGUCUUUUUUCUGAAACAUCUUAUCCAUGAUUUCAACCCUGGCAUCCUCUAUGGCAUCCUGUCGACCUGGUGUCUUGGACUGGUUUUAAGAAUACAGUAUUACUCUCACUGGAAGAUCAGCGAAUGCCUCAAUAACGCAGCAGGGUUUGGCUUUUGGGUAGAUUCAUCUGGGGACUAUUUCUCCAAAUGGAGCGGACUAUCCGAUGGGGACUUCUGGACCACUGAGGCAUCGAUAUGCAUGUCACAGUUUGCUCGUCGCUGGAACGUCACAACAGCUUCAUGGCUGCGUAGACUAGUUUAUGCAAGGCACAAACACUUCCCACUGUUCAUGUGCUUUGGUUUUUCACUGUGGUGGCACGGUUUACACUUAGGACACUUUGUGGGGUUUUUCACCUGGGCAGCAACAGUGAAAGCAGACCAUCAUAUUCACAGGAACCUUUUCCCAAAUAUUACACCGACACAGAGAAAAAUCUACACUUUUGUAAACUGGAUAAACACUCAAAUGAUUGUUACCUGCAUUGUUAUAGCGGUAGAAUUUAGAAAUUCGUCUGGUUUGAGACUUUUAUCCAAAACAUACAUAGGUCUUUUUCCACUUGUUAAUAUAAUCCUGCACUUUAUCGUUUUAAACCUCAAUUCACUAGAACAGUAGUCAAACAAAGAUAUAUUAUUAAAGCAAAAAGAACGUUGACUUUGGCUUCAGGAA